UUGAAGCUGUAGUAACUGUGUGUUUGUAGAUAUCUAAACAGGUACACACAUCAAUCCCAGCCUGGAGCGAGCCAAAAGAAUUGUUUCCAUACCAAUGAUGCGUAGCCGCGGUCAGUGCGCCCGCAACCCACGCCAACCGCCAACCGCCAACCGCCGACCCUAGACCCAACUCUCAGAUCAGAGAGGCCAGGUAUCGCGUGGGAAGAAAGCGUCAUAUAGCUUGUUCGGUGAGCUUACCCCGAAUAUCAGAAAUCACUUUACUCACCCCCCACGUCACGCCAGUACAUUUUCCUCGAGUCGGUCUGCGAUCGACCAAUUCAUUGGCAUUUGUCUGCGCUCAGGGCUGUUUUCUUGUUUUUAUUAGACUUUCUUUUGUGACACGAGCGGAACCUAGGCUGCUGAGACGGCGAAAGCGUCAUGAGGUUCUCGACGUCGCUCGCUGCGGCAUGGCUUGCUGCCUGCGUCAUGGGCGAGAAGACGACGCCUGCUGAGCCGCUGGGGGAGGUGCGGUCGAUUCCGCUUCGCACGCAUUCACUGAACGCGCCGUACCUGGACACCGAUAUGCAGAGUCGGUGGUGGGAUUUUGGAGGGGAUACGAUUAUACGGACUGAUAAAUAUGUGCGAUUGACUUCGGAUCGUCCCUCGAGGGAAGGCUGGAUCUGGUCGCGCGUUCCCCUAACCGCCACGAACUGGGAGAUCGAAUUCGAAUUCACCAUCGACGGCGCCGGCAACCUCCACGGCGACGGCAUGGCCAUGUGGCUGACCCGCCAACGCAUCACCCCCGGCCCCGUCUUCGGCUCAACCGACAACUUCGAAGGCCUCGGAAUCUUCAUCGACACCUACAAGAACAACCGCCCCGGCACCAUCUUUCCCUACGUCAUGGCCAUGAUCGGCGACGGCACCACUCCCUACGACAAAGCCCACGACGGCAAAUCCAACGAAUACGCCGGCUGCUCAGCUCGGGGAAUUCGCGGCGCCUCGGUCCCCACCAAGGCGAGGCUGAAGUACUUCCAGGAUAAGUUACUGCGCCUGGACCUCCAGUACAAGGCGGAGGAUGAAUGGAUCCUCUGUUUCGAGAAGACGGAGCCCCCGAUGCUGCCCUCUGUCGCGUACCUGGGGUUCAGUGCUGAGACGGGGGAGCUGAGCGAUAACCACGAUAUCGUGAGCGUGACGACGAAGAAUCUGUAUACGGUGGGCGCAUCGUCGUCGCUGCCGCAGAAGGAACAGUUGGGAAAGAAGGAUAAGGGGAAGUUAGGGAGCGUGAGUAAGAAGAGUGGGGGUGGGGGGUGGGGGUGGUUCUUCUUCAAGGUGUUUGCUUUCUUUGCGGUGGUGGGGGGCGGGUAUGUGGGUUACACGGCGUGGAGGACGCAGAAUAAGAGGAUUCAUCGCUUUUAG